AGUUGCUAUAAAGUAUCCUCAUUUACUUUGACAUGAGUAGCACGUAUUGAGCGAAUUUCAUUGAAUAUGCUGCAUUUGUUGGGUGACAAAAUUGUAGAAGGAAGGCAGAAUGACGACAUCUUCACGACUUUUUCAAAAGAGAAACAGUCCUUUCUGUGUUCCAAAUUUUUGGAACGCCGUUGUUGCUUGAGGAAAAAACCGGCAGCUCGCUAUUUUUUUUCCCACCUCUUUUGAAAAACCUUUUGGCUAGAUUUGGCAACUCCUCUUUUCCGAAAAUAUCCAAAAAUGAACGAGCUAAAGAACGAAAAGCCUUAUGAGGACGAUGUCAACUCUGGGGAUGACUCAGACAAUGAGAAACCUAAUCGACGAUCAGGAAGACGCAAGAUCAAGAUUGAGUACAUCGAAGACAAAAACCGUCGCCAUAUCACCUUCUCCAAGCGAAAAGCUGGGAUUAUGAAAAAGGCUUAUGAACUCAGUACAUUGACAGGCACCCAAGUCUUGUUGCUGGUAGUUUCGGAGACCGGUCUUGUCUAUACCUUCACCACUGUGAAACUGCAACCCAUCGUUACCAAACCUGAGGGCAAAAAUCUGAUUCAACAAUGCUUGAAUUCUCCAGAUCCCGUGCCAGAAUCGUCAACGAGUGCUGAUGCACCCUAUAAUAAUAUGGAGGACAAAAAAGUGCCCUAUGACAAUAACAUAAACGUGGAGCCGGUCAGCCCCUCUCCAGUUGCUGGCAAUCAAGCUUAUCCAGCCCAUCAUCAAGCUACAGCCAGUCAUUAUCCGCCACAUCAUCAAGCUGCGCCGCAAAGACAAAUGCCUGGUGCAAAUAACGGAUAUCAUCCUGGCUAUAUGAAUCAGCACUAUUCUCAACAACAACAGCAACAACAGCAGCAGCCACAACAGCAGCAGCAGCAACAGCAGCAACAGCAAGCGCAACAAUCACAGCAACAGCCUUCAGCUCCUCAGCCCUAUGGCCAGAUGCCUCCCCCUUCGUCUUUCUAUGGCAACCAUCCUGCACAACAAGCCCCCCAUCACUAUAUUCCACCACCUCAGCAUCCUGUAGGAUAUUGGCCCAACCCUCCCAGUUCCGGUCAACCAGGAAGAUCCGAUCCCAAUGAUAAGCGACGAGAAAGCCUUCUCUACAAAAAAUAAGCUAUUUCAUUCAUGUCCUUUGUUAUUGUCUGUUCAAUGUGUAUGCUACUUUCCAUUUCGAUCCGUUUCUCUAGCUAGUUUCUCCACUUCUGCAACUCACAUUGCAGUUACAAAAUAAAAGAAAAAUCAGUUUACUUGUGCUACAUUUAUACAUU